AGUGCGGCCAUCGUUGUCAAACGUACACCGCUUGUCAUAAUGUUUUAGAUCGUAAUUUGUGUUUUUAUCGUGUUCAAUGUGAAAAAGUGCCAUUAAACAUUCAAAAUGAACGUAAAAGCGGCGUUGGCCAUUGGCAUGGUGUUUGUGGGAUGUUGCUCAAACGUAGUGUUUCUGGAACUAGUCGUGAAGGAGGAUCCUGGCGCGGGCAACUUAGCAACAUUCCUGCAAUUCUUAUUCAUUGCGACAAUCGGCUUUUGUACUGUUGGCAAAUUCGGUACCGCCAAAAGGAACAUACCCUUCAAGCAGUACCUACUUUUGGUCGGGUUUUUCUGGACGAGUAGCGUGGCUAACAACUAUGCCUUCGACUUUAACAUAUCCAUGCCAUUACACAUGAUCUUCCGAGCCGGUUCCCUCAUGGCCAACAUGGCUAUGGGUGUCUGGAUUCUCAAGAAGCAGUAUCCAGCUCUCAAAUACUUGGCCAUCUUCAUGAUAUCAGCCGGAAUAGCGAUAUGCACCAUACAAUCCAGUGGGGACGUUAAAGCACCACGAGAAACCCACGAGGAUGCUGCUGAGGAGGAGAAACUCAAGUUCAUCGACUGGCUUUGGUGGUGUCUGGGCAUCGCCAUCCUCACCUUCGCGCUAUUCGUGUCAGCUCGCAUGGGCAUCUUCCAGGAGUCGCUCUACUCCAAAUACGGGAAACAUCCCUGGGAGGCAUUGUACUACACGCAUCUCCUACCUCUAGUAUUUUGGCUGCCAACUGCUCCAAAUAUCAUGAACCACGUUCAAAUCGCGUUUGAUACUCCAGCGGUGGAGUUCCUUGGGGUGACCCUGCCGAGGCAGGUCCUGUAUAUGAUCCUCUAUGUGAUGACGCAAGGACUAUGUAUAAGUGCCGUGUAUGUGCUGACGACGGAGUGCGCCUCCUUGGUCGUGACUCUCACUGUGACCUUGAGGAAGUUCGUGUCACUCCUCUUCUCUAUUCUCUACUUCAGAAACCCUUUCACGUUUGGACACUGGAUCGGGACUUUACUAGUGUUUAUCGGUACCAUGAUAUUCACGGAGCUGCUACAGAAAUUCGUGUUCCUAUUCGUGCCUAAAACGAAGGACGCUAAGAAGGUACAAUAGUGCAUUUACCAGUACAAACAUUGGUACAAACUGUUUUGUAUAUUUUUUUGUGGAAAUGAGCCUCGCUUUGUUAAUUUGAGAUGUGUUUAAUACAAAAACACUAAUUUAUUAAUGGUUAUUUUCGCUAAUAGGACAAUUUUAUGUGAACAAACGUUUUUUAAUCCUGAGAACAAUGUAAUCUUCUGUUUUCUGCAACGUCAUUCUUGAUUAGUAUGUUUAGCAUAGCAGUGUGUAUCUUGCUUCACUAUCAAUGAGUGUGAAUGGUUGUCUUUUGCAUCACUUAUCACAUGAUGAUUCAAAAAUAUCAAGAGCAAUGUCAAUAAUUACUAUCAUAUAUAUAUUGUAUAGUUAUCAAAAAAAUCUGAUU